GUUGUAAUCUGUCGAAAAAGAGUCUACAUUUCUUUGUGACGAAAGUGGAUGAGGACAAGAUAGAGGCGGGUAGCACUGGACGACACCUGUUGUGGGUUCAGAUGGAGCGGUUUUUCUUGCUAGCAAACAAAGAAUUCUGAAAUGAAGAAAGAACUAAGGGAACAACAAAACGAAGACGAAGCCGAGGAAACCAAAGAUCGGGAAAAAGAAGAAAUAUCAGUAUCCACUCAAGAAUUCGAUAUCAUCUGUGAGUUCAUAAUCCCUGUCAAAGAGCAAUGUAUUCGGCUGCUAGGAAAAAUAGUUGGAACACUUCUAUUUCUGGUGAUCGCAGUCACAAUGUUGUUGUGGAAAAGAUCCAGCGACUAUGCCAGCGUUGAUCAGUUGGUGAUGUUCGUAUUCGUCUUUCUCCUGCCCAAAGUCGUCGAGUACUGCUGCAAAGAUCCGAACGAAAGUCAGACAAGGGAUUUAAAAUCCAAGGUUAAAGAGCUUUUGUGUAGAUUUGAGAACGGUGACUCCGUGAAAUUUGGUCAUGCGGACUUUGAUAAGACGAAUUCCGUGGUGUGUCUCUGGAAAUCGCUUUGUACAAUAGGAUCUGACGCGAAAGAACAAGAAAAAGAUACGACGACAGACAAAAGCAGUUGUGUAUAAAGUACAUAUCGUUGAUACAUAGAUAUUUCUUUUUACAAAGAUUGUUAUUGGGUUAUAAGAAGAAAUGUCUGACGGGAAAGCGUGUGCUUCCUACAUUAUGUACCUAGCUAGCUGUAUUUGCAUAUACCCAAGGUCAUUAAAAAUUUAGUUGAUA